AAUCAGGAAUACAUUUCUGUUUCAGUUGUAUUAUGUUAGGAAAUGUUAGGCAUCUUAUUCAAUGUGUUUUAUAUUGUGGUGUACGGGCUUCAACAAUUAGGACUACGAUAUUGUCUGGAAUCAUCAUCUUUUAGGGGAACCAUGUGGCUGGCUAAUUGUUGGUGGCCGUUGAUAUGUUUAUUAUAUACGUAUAGGCUAUCAAAUGUCCCGAAAUGUGUUUGUGUCAGACUUCAGACUUAAAGCCCGGAUGUGGGCGGGACGUCGGAACUCUCCCGUUGCUAAGCCGAUGAUCUUUUUAAAGAAAUCUUCCACUGCCAUAAACUCAAGCUGCCCGAUCUCGUAGCUCAUUGGCCAGUGGUGUGGGUGGAGUAUUGACCAAAGCCCAUUCCCGAACAAUUGUCACAGACUUUGUCCUGGGAGCUGGUCGGGGAGUUGUGCGUGCUUACGUUGAAGGAAAGUGGGCAGAGCCAGCGGAGGAUAACAGCGUAGGCAGACCCGGGGAAGAAGACAGACACGGCAGAGGAACCGAGCAUCCACACCGGCAAGACGCAAGACGACACGAUGGGGCCGAAGAAUCGUCUAAAACGUCCAAAAACUGAUGCAUCUACCACCUUCCAAACAGAUGAAAUGGGAUAGUGGUGCCCUGCUUCACGGGUUUGCUCCCUAAAGAGGAUUGAGAAGAAAACGAUGAACAAUGCCGAUCAUCCAAGAAAUACGGUGUAACGCAUUGGCCAUGACGUAUGGACCAUGACGUGGAGGUGACUUGAGUGAAAUGGCACUUGAGAUGAGCUGGUAAGCAGUAGCAGGAUCUUCCAUGGAAGGAAAGAAGUCGACUAUACCUUAUUCGUCGGGAUUUGCGGAAGUGGGCAGCGUUGUUUGAUACGAAGACGACCAGUUGUUGGGUGUAAAGCCAAAUAAUGACGAGAUGAACCCUUUUUCUGGACUAUUUUCAACCAGUGGAAUUUUUUUCUUUUGCGGACAUUUUGCACAAUUGCCAUUUUUGGGAAAUACCGAUUGAAAAGUGGACUCUGAAGUUGCCGGAUUUUUCCGAAAGAUGCUGUAUUUUAUCGUUUAAAUGUUUUCAUUUGAAUAAACUAUUCUAAUUGUAUUUUUUCCUUGACUGGUUUAUUAGCGGUUUAGGUUUUGACUUAAAAGUACCAAACUUCAAACUUAUUUUUCACUGAAAACAAUUAAAUGAUAUUUCACUUACUGCAAUUGUCAGUAAAAGUGGGGACCUGGCAUUACAACGUAAUACUGAAGUUGCUAACAAGGAGUGUUAUGUAAUUGACAGUGCUAUGGCAAUAUUUAAUCAAUGCCUAACGUUUCACAACAUGAAUAGAAUCAAAACUCAAUUGUGUAGUUUGUAAUGGUCACACUCGUUUGUUCAAAUGACCUGAAAUGGUUUCCACGGGCUCUAUAAAAUGGCUCCUUGUGUACUGCUUCCUGUUUCAACAGGAAAUGAUGAAAACACUACACAAUUUACCUUUAAAAUGUUCUUUGAACCCUCAACGAUCGUAUUAUUUUAUAGGGGACUAUUAGUCACAUUAAUGUACUUCAUAGUCAUAUGUCAUAAAUAUCAUUCCUUAACUAAAUAAAAGGGGUGGGACUUUCACAUCACCUGAGUGUGGGGUAAAUGGAAAUAACGUCAAUCAAAGGCAUAGCUUUCAGAGCUAGGAAGGAGCUCUAGAUGGCGGAUCAGCCUUGGGAAGGGUACUAUAGGCGUUCGUUAGUCUAGUCCUCCUGGAACUAUUUCUGCCCGUGAGUGGUCCCUUCUGACCCGCAUUUUCCCAGUGAUCUAUUCUUUAUCCUUUUUGCUUUGAUUCUGGCUUUUCUGCGUGAUUUCUUGGUUAUUUUUGAGCCGUCCUUGUCGUCCGUACGGAGAGCCUGCUCGUCGUUGUUUUCCACAGUGAGCUGUGGCGGCGGCCAUGGCGGUCCUCCAUUUUUAGUGUGCUAAGCUCCUAGAGGAGCUGGCGACUAUCGCCCAAGAAGACCCUCUGUGAAUGAAGAAUGAUCAGCCCCUUGUUUUCUUUUUGAUUAGCGCUAUUUUUUUUUAAACAAUUGGAAUUGUUUACUUUUAUGUCUUUUUUUUAGUCUAUCGAGUAUUUAUAUUUUAGUAUAAAUAUUAAUGUACUGUCGCGGACGUGACUCUAAUGCUUCAUAUCUUCCUGUACAAGGAAUUGGUAUGUUCGUAUUUUAUACUAUAUACAUGACUUACAAUAUGUGUCCCCUUAUUUGUUUCAUCUUUGAUCUUAUGACGCAGUUGGCAUUAAUGCAGGCGUCUUGAUUCGAGGACAGUAUUGUAGCUCAUUACAAUAAAUACAGUUUAAGGACUAUUCCCCCCACCCCCUGUUUUUUGGUUUUAAUACGGAAUAUACGAUUCCUAAAUCGUUUAAAGAUUUAUUCCACUCCAUUUUAAGACGUCUAUGUUACAUCUGCCACUUGAGCAAAGGACAAUCUAAGGAAUCCUCUGUGGUCGUUGAUGUUUCGUCUAACUUUUUGACAGUAUAUAUCGGGACACCAAUCAAUAACAAAUAAUACCAAGCCACAACGAUGAUGAAGAAUAAAAAUAAAAAGCAUGAGGAUGAAUGUUCAACACAAAGCAAUGCAUCAAGCAAUUCAGCGUCAGAGGAGUCCAACCGAUCCGUGUCGGAGUCGGGCAGCCAGUCUGAGAGUGAUCAUGGCAGCGAGAGGAAGCAGCGGGCCCACCACUCUGAGUCCAACAGCUCCUCUGAGUCAGAGAGCCACUCAGAGUCAGAGGGCGAGUCCACAGGGUCCAAGUCACAGCUGGCUGCAGCCGAAGUCAAAGACAAGCCCGUUAGAAAGAAGGAGAGCCUGGCAGAUGUGAAAAAGAUGUGGGAGGAACAUCCAGACGUCUACGGGGUCAGGAGGUCCAGUCGUAGCAGACAGGAACCCGCCCGUUUAAACAUUGGUGCUGGGGGGAGCAGUGAUUCUGAAAAUGAAAGCCCUAAGAGAAGAGAAACCCGGUCUAAGAAAAGAGAAAAUACCUGGGAUGAUGACUCAAAUGAGGACGAGGAGGAUUCCAGCAGUGCAGACAGUGAUCAGGAAGAGACAGUUAGAUCCAGAAGACUUCCUGCUAGAAGACCGCAGACUAAAUCAACAGCCAAAAAGCAAUCCCAAAAGGGAAGGAAGUCCAGGAAGGCGGAGUCGUCAGGGGAAGACGAUGACGAUGAGGACGAUGAUGAGGACGAUGAUGAGGACGAUGACGACGAUACCCCAAAGAGGCAAACCCGGGGAAGAGCCGCAACAAAAGUCAAAAGUUACAAGGAGGACCAGCAUGACCUGGAAACGGACUCAGACGACCUGAUUGAGAUGGCAGGCGACGUAGCGGAGGAGCAGCAGGACGACGACAGCGAGACCAUCGAGAGGGUGAUGGACACGCGCACGGCCAAAAAAGGAGCCACGGGAGCGUCCACUACGAUGUACUCUGUGGAGGAAAACGGGGACCCAAGUGCGGGCUUUGAUCCGGAGAAGGACGAAAGGGAGACGCACUAUUUGAUCAAGUGGAAGGGCUGGUCCUACAUCCACAACACCUGGGAGAGCAUGGACUCUCUGACCCUGCAGAAGGUCAAGGGACUCAAGAAGCUCGAUAACUUCAUAAGGAAGAACGAUGAGCUCAACUCUUGGUUGAAUAGGGCAUCUCCAGAGGAUAUUGAGUACCACAAUUGCCAGCAGGAGCUCUCUUGUGACCUGAGCAAGCAGUUCCAAAUAGUAGAGCGGGUCAUUGCCACAAGGACCGGGAAGAACCAAGGAGCCGCAGACGUCCCCUCACCCAGCCCCAAGUCAGUCCCCUCCUCCAACGAGCCGGAGUACCUGUGCAAGUGGAUGGGCCUGCCCUACGUGGAGAGCAGCUGGGAGGAUGGGGCCCUCAUCAAAAACAAGUUCCCCAAAUGUGUAGAAGGCUUCGACAGCCGGAACUGCAGCAAAACCGUUCCCUCCAAAGACUGCAAAGUGUUGAAACAACGGCCAAGGUUUGUUGCCCUGAAGACUCAACCCACUUAUAUCGGGAGUGAAACCCUGGAGCUGAGAGACUACCAGCUGGAUGGACUCAAUUGGCUGGCCCACUCGUGGUGCAGGUGCAACAGUGUUAUCCUGGCUGACGAGAUGGGUCUGGGGAAGACCAUCCAGACCAUCUCCUUCCUGUCCUACCUCCACCACCACCACCAGCUCUACGGGCCCUUCCUGCUGGUCGUGCCCCUGUCCACGCUCACCUCCUGGCAGAGGGAGUUCGAGACCUGGGCGCCCGACAUGAACGUGGUGGUGUACAUCGGAGACGUGAUGAGCAGGAAGACGAUCCGGGACUAUGAGUGGGUGAACCAUCAGACCAAGAGGAUUCGCUUCAAUGCACUUUUAACCACGUAUGAAAUUCUUCUAAAAGACAAGGGCGUGCUGGGGAACAUCAACUGGGCCUGUCUGGGGGUGGACGAGGCUCACCGGCUGAAGAACGACGACUCCCUGCUGUACAAAACCCUGAUCGACUUCAGGUCCAACCACCGGCUCCUCAUCACCGGGACGCCCUUGCAGAACUCCCUCAAGGAGCUUUGGUCGCUGCUGCACUUCCUAAUGCCAGACAAAUUCGACUUGUGGGAGACCUUUGAGGAGGAACACGGGCAGGGAACGGCUAACGGCUACCAGACCCUCCACAAAGUGCUGGAGCCCUUCCUGCUGAGGCGAGUCAAGAAGGAUGUGGAAAAGUCCCUGCCGGCCAAGGUGGAGCAGAUCCUGCGCGUGGACAUGUCCGCAUCGCAGAAACAAUUCUACAAGUGGAUUCUGACGAGGAACUACAAAGCCCUCUCCAAGAGCACACGCGGAAGCUCCUCAGGCUUCCUCAACAUCGUCAUGGAGCUGAAGAAGUGCUGUAACCAUGGCUUCCUUAUCAAGCAGCCCGAGGAGGGAGACAGCGCCACGCAACAAGAGCACCUGCUGAGCGUGGUGAGGGGCAGUGGGAAGCUGGUGCUGCUGGACAAGCUGCUGACCCGACUGAAGGAGAGGGGCAACCGAGUGCUGAUCUUCUCCCAGAUGGUGCGGAUGCUGGACAUUCUGGCCGAGUACCUCGCCAUGAAGCGCUACACCUUCCAGCGGCUGGACGGCUCCAUUAAGGGAGAGAUUCGGAAGCAGGCGCUCGACCACUUCAAUGCUGAAGGUUCAGAGGACUUCUGCUUCCUGCUGUCCACCAGAGCUGGCGGUCUGGGCAUCAACCUAGCCUCGGCAGACACCGUGGUCAUCUUCGACUCUGACUGGAAUCCCCAGAAUGAUCUGCAGGCCCAAGCCAGGGCUCACCGGAUUGGCCAAAAGAAGCAGGUGAACAUCUACCGCCUGGUUACCAAGGGAACCGUGGAGGAGGACAUCAUCGAGAGAGCCAAGAAGAAGAUGGUGUUGGACCAUCUGGUGAUUCAGAGGAUGGACACCACGGGUCGCACGGUUCUGGACAACAACUCUGGACAAGGGAACUCAAACUCAAAUCCAUUCAAUAAAGAAGAGCUGACCGCCAUCCUCAAGUUUGGCGCAGAGGAGCUCUUCAAGGAGGCCGAGGGUGAAGAGUCUGAGCCUCAGGAGAUGGAUAUCGAAGAGAUCCUGAGGCUGGCCGAGACCAGAGAGAGUGACCAGGGGUCGAGCGCCACUGAUGAGCUCCUGUCUCAGUUCAAGGUGGCCAACUUCUCCAACAUGGAGGAGAACGGCCCGGAGCUGCAGGACAAGAACAUCCGAGACUGGGACGACAUCAUCCCCGAGGACCAGCGGCGCAAGCUGGAGGAGGAGGAGCGGCGGCGGGAGAUGGACGACAUCUUCCUGCUGCCUCGGAGCAGGAGCUCCACCAAGAGGGCGAAGGCCAAUGACAGCGACAGCGACGCCGGCUCCAAGCUCAAGCACCGCUCGUCGGGCUCGGACAGCGAGACGGACGACAGCGACGACGACAGGAAGCCCAAGAGACGAGGCCGUCCACGGGCCCGCAAGAACAACGUAGAGGGCUUCACCGACGCAGAGAUCCGCCGGUUUAUUAAGGCCUAUAAGAAAUUUGGAUGUCCACUUGAAAGGCUGGAGGCCAUCGCCAGAGACUCUGAGCUGGUGGACAAGUCGAUCGCCGACCUGAAGAGGCUGGCGGAGCUCAUCCACUCCAGCUGCGUGGCCGCGGUCCAGGAGCACGAGGAGCACCUGAAGGAGAACCCCUCAGAAGCAAAAGGUCCGGGAAAGCGGCGAGGGAUUAACAUCAAGAUCUCCGGAGUCCAGGUCAACGCCAAGUCCAUCAUCCAGCACGAGGAAGAGUUUGAGCCGCUUCACAAGGCCGUCCCCUCGAACCCGGCAGAGAGAAAUAAGUUCCAGCUGACCUGCAGGGUAAAGAUAGCCCACUUUGACGUGGACUGGGAGAUCGCGGAGGAUGUUCAGCUCCUACUGGGCAUCUACGAACAUGGCUUCGGGAACUGGGAUCUGAUCAAGACCGACCCGGACCUCAAACUGGCUGAUAAGAUUCUCCCUGAUGACCCGAGCAAGAAGCCCCAGGGCAAGCAGCUGCAGACCAGGGCCGACUAUCUCAUGAAGCUGCUCAAGAAGGAACUAGACAGCAAUGACACGUCCAAAACAGGGGAAGAGGCCAAAGCGAAGAAACGGAAACCGCGGGUGAAGAAGGAAAAGGUGAAGGAGGAUCAGAACGAAGGCUCAUCGCCACGCCUGUCGGACAAUCCCUCGGAGGAAGGCGAGGUCAAGGACGACGGAACGGAGAACUCCCCCGCCAAAAAGCGCCAGAAGAAGAAGGACAAUAAGGAGAACAAGGAGAAGCAGGGCACCCCUAAGAAGGAGAAGGACGGCGACAAGGAGAAGAAGGGAGCCAAAACCAAGAAAGAGAAGGCGAAAGCCGCCAAGGGAAGGAAGAGUCAAGGGCCAGUGCACAUCACGGCGGGCUCCGACCCCGUCCCCAUCGGGGACGAGGACGACGAGCUGGACCAGGACACCUUCAGCGUCUGUAAGGAGCGCAUGAGGCCUGUGAAGAAGGCCCUCAAACAGCUGGACAAGCCGGACGAGGGCCUGUCGGACCAGGACCAGCUGCAGCACACGCGCACCUGCCUGCUGAAGAUCGGGGACCGCAUCACCGAGUGCCUUAAAGCCUACACUGACCCGGAGCACGCCAAGACGUGGCGCCGAAAUCUUUGGAUAUUCGUAUCCAAGUUCACAGAGUUCGGCGCUAGGAAGCUUCACAAGCUUUACAAAAUGGCACUGAAGAAGCGGUCGCACGAAGAGGAGAAGGACCACAAGAAGAGGGAGGACUCAGGGCGGAGCAAGCCCCUCCGAGCCGAGACGUCCAGCGCCAGCCGGGACUCGGCAGGGAUGCAGCAGUCCUCCAAGAACCACCCCGCCCAGUCGGGCCCCCACGCGCACCACAGGGAGCCCUACAACUCGGCCCCCAAGCGCCACUUUGGGAACGACGAUCGAGGAGAAUGGCAUCGGGACCGCAAGUACGGUUACGCAGGCAACAGCAACCAACCCUGGCAGGGAGACCGUCAUCAACCGUACGACCGCUAUAAAGAUCACUAUGGUGAUCGCCGUCCCCAUGGAGACUCGUACCGCAGCUCAGGAAGCUACCGCAACAACAGCUCGCCUCGGAAAAGAUCCUACGACCAGUACGGCAACGACCGGGACCAGAGACCUCAUCGACCCUAUUACGAAAGCAGGCACCCGGACAGCAAGAGGCGGCGUUCGGACGAGUUCCGGGCCCCCAACUACCACCAGAGCCGGGACGGCCCCCCCGGGCCCCCGCCGGCCCAGGACUUCAGGAGGUCGUCGGAGCGCCGCUCGCCCGGGCCCACGGGCCCCGAGCACUACCGGCCCUUCCACCCCGACAAGCCCCCUGGCCAACAGGACCCCCGCUCCCCGGGGGCCCAGAAGUCCCCGCAGGACUCCCGCUCCCCACCGGAGCGGCCCGCGGAGACGCCGAAGGCCGGGGCCGACCCCGCCUGGAACAACAGGAAGCCGUCGUAGGACUCGGGCCCGGGGGCUGUGAGGGCUGGCAGGCUGCCAGUAGACCUCAAGGGCCCUAGCUCGGACCACCACAACCCCCCCCCUUGGCCAUGCACCGCUAGACCCUUCCGGCCAGACUCUGGGGAACCACCUUCCCCGACCAACCUGUGCUCAAGCGCCUAGUUGGAAGACAAUCCACCUGCACCCACCUUUUUUUACCAGCACUACGAAACUAUGACGCUCCUCCUCCACCUCCUCCCUAGAGCGAUUGUGAAUAUUAACAUUUAACUGUCUUAACGCAGAGUGAUCAGUAGAAUGUGAUUAUUUAAAUUGAGAUGACUUGUUCAGUCCAAGUGCAGACUGUGAAGCUCAAGGAUGGUCCCGUGGACUUUUAGCCGAAGGACCCGUCUGACGACAGAGAGAGACUGAUGUUGAAUCCUCAAAGUGCCUCAGUGUUUCGGCCUGGUGAACUUUACAUGCAGGGGGCCGGUCCUAACCAAUCAUCACAUCUUAUUCAUCAUGUGAGUUUUUUGUGUGCACCUUUCAUUGUUUAUCUCCACCAUGAUGCCAAAUCAACGAACUGGGAGUCAUUUCCUAUCAGGGAAUGUUUGCUCUAUGGGAUGGUGAAAUUAUCUUUUGAUUUAGGAACGAUAUUUAAAUGAAGUCAAUGGCAAAUUCUCUGAUUAUUGUUCAACAUGAAGUUCAAAAGGUUUUAGCAAAUUUAUCAAUUUGUCGUGUGUCAAUAAUAAUAGUUUCUGUCAUUCUAUACCGCUAACUUAAUCAUUGCAAACCUCUUCUCUCACUUCAGCCACUUUCUUGCGGGUAGGCAUAAUGGCAUCAAUGCUUAAUAGACAGUAUUUCUCAUAACUAGUGCAAAUGUUUUAAACACUAUGAGCCAAGUCAGAAGAAAGAAAACAUCCAUUAUAAGUUGUAUGAACUAUGGUACAUGCUAUAUUUAGACAUUCAUUAUAUCUUGCUAUUUUGCGCCACCUCUUCAAGUAUUUCAAAAGUUCAACUGCUAUCACCGUUUUGCUCUCCUGUAAAUGGUUAUUUGCCGUUCUUUGGUUCGAGGCGGUAGAGGGGUUCGAGGGGAUUGCGUGAAGGAUUACGUUUGAAGCUAACUUUAGUCAGGCUGUCCGUUUGUUGCAGUGCCAAAAUCAAGAGACUGAAUCUGCUCCAGUCCUCGCUUUCCUAGCUGUUUUUCCUUCGGCAUGUCGUUUGUGUCGCCUUCUCUCUUUGUGCCUUAUUUCUGUGUCAUCGUGCUGUAUGUGUGGGGAAAUGGACACUACUUGGGUAUAAGCUGGACAGGAGGAAGUAUUAAAGUAAUAUUUCAGGGACAUCGCUCCAAGGUAUUGAAUGGAAUCUGGUGAAGGAGACACGUAUAGAUUAGCAAUGGAAAUCCCAAGAGCAAAAUGAUUUAUUGUGAACUGUAUUAGAUCGAAUCGCCAACACAACCUUCCUCCACCGUAAAGCAAGCUACAGUACCUGUAUUUCAUGUCAUGGCUAAAUAAUUUAUAUUUGUGACAAGACCACUCUCCAUGGUAAAUGUACUGUACAUAUGUUUAUAGACAUGUAAUAAAACUUUGUUACAUAAUGCAA